AUGGUUGAUAAGAAAUCUUCAGACAUUACCGAUGAAUUGUUUCAAGAAAUCAAUGAGGAGAGGAAAGGAAAUAAUGAAAUAAAAUUCAAUUUCUUCAGCCCAAAAAAAUCAAAUAUUCAGUCAGGAAAUAGAGCUAAUACUAGCCCAAGCUCUUCUGUUGAUGAACUUGGUGGAAAUGAAAAUCCAAUGAUUGUAACACAACUUCUCAAAACUCAGCAGGAAUUAGGAUUGACGAAAAUUGGGAUUCUUGAAUUUCAGAGUAUCCUAUCGAAGGAAUUAUUUUAUAUUAUAGCAAAUGGGGGAUUUUUAAUAUAGAAAAAUAAUGAUAUAUAUAUACGUUCUCUACAGUUACUGACUCACUAUGUCCUGAUGCCUCCCGAGAUGAUCGAAUGGCUGUUUUGCCAACUUUUUUGGUGAAAACAGCCUUUUUAAUUAAAAAUUUGCAUUUAUUGGGUAGAUUUAUUGGCUUAUUAACAAGAGUUGGCAAGACCAACCACUUAUCGUGUUGGUAGGAAUGGGACGAAGGGAAUCAGAAACCGUGCAGACGCUAUAUUUAUAGGGUCUUUUAAUAUUUGCUUAAUGACUCAGCAUUUUAAGAAAUUAUAUACAGCUCAAUUCUUAGUUAGAUAUAAUUUUGAGCCGCUAAAUAAUUUCUGCAUCUCGAAGCAUUUAAUUACCUAGCCAAAUAUCUAUACUUUAAAAUAAUAUACAAAAGCUUGGGCCUGAUGAAAGCCGUUUUGAAAUUGCAAAUAACCAAACUAUGACUACUGCACUAAUAGAAGCCUUAAAUAAAUAUAGAAAUCCCGGAGCCCAUACUAUAGAGGAAAACUUGUUAACAAAAAACAUUUAUUCUUAUUUGCUACUUAAACAGCCUGCUUCUCCAACCAGAAUGACAAGGGCAGCUACUUUUGGAAAAGAAUCAGACGAAAAAUACGAAAUCGAGUCAUCAUCAAGCCCUAAAAAAGAGCCAUUGAAUUUAUCAAAAGAACAAUUCAUUUGGCUACUGCCCAAUACAAAUGCAAUAGAAACUGCCAAUAAGCAAGACCUGCUUAAAUCCAUAGUGGACGCAAUAGCCAAAAACGCCAAUUCUGACGCAUCACAAAGAAAUUUUUUAAUCGAAAAAUAUGGGCAAUAUGCAUAUAGCCACUUGUCGUCACUUUCUUCUAAAGAAUUUACCAAACCUGCAGAGCUUGCAAAUGAUUUAAAUACCAUCAUCCAAAAAGCCAAAGAAACAGGCAAUAUUGCAAAUUUAAGCCAAUUUAUCCCUAACGAUUUUGAAGAAGAAUAUGAGAUUUUGUCAUCAGAAGCCCCAAAAAGGACGUCGCUAAAAGACAAGAGGAAAGACCAAAAAAUCAUAAAGUAUAUGAAGCCUUCAGAAACUGAAGGAGAAGCUGUUAUAGCUGAACAGCCUAAUGAAGAUUUUGAAAUAAAAAAUGAACUGCAAAAAUCACAAGAAACUAAAACUGAAGAUUUGGACCAGAAAUAUAAUGCAAUUAUAGAGAGUCUCAAAGCCCAAAUUGAAGACUUAGCAAAAAAGAUAGACGAAGACAAAACAUCAAUAUUUUUUUUAAAUCAAGAAGCAAUAGCUGACAAAGAUUCAAUUAAAAAAUUAAAUGAAGAGAAAAUUGCAAUGAAAAAAAAUUACGAAAAAUUGAUUUAUGAACAAGAAGAACAGUACGCGAAGCUAGAAAACAAUUAUAAAGCAGAUGAAGAAGCUAUUAAAUUUUUGAAUCAAGGGCUAGGACAGUUGUCAGAAGAAAAAACAAAAUUAGAAGCAGAAUUGAAAAACAGAGAAAAAUCUUUAAAUGAGCAGCUAUCACAAAGAUUAGCCAAGCUUAAUGAUGAGAAAAAAGAAUAUGAAGACCUUGUAAGAGAUUUGGAAAGGAAAUUAAGUGCAAGCAAUGAAAGCAGAAAUCAAUAUCAAGAAGAGGCUUUGAGAUAUAAAAUUGAGAUUGAUAGUUUAAAUAGACAAAUAGCUAGUUUGGCUGUAGAAAUAGAUGAGAUAAAAAGUGGGUAUGAAGAAAAAAUAAAUGCAAAAAAUAGAGAAAUUGAAAAUUAUCAAAAAUCAAUAGAGAGUAUAGAUAUAGAAGAAAAUAAGAAAUUAAAUGAAAUUAUAAAGAAGCAGCAAACUGAAAUAUAUUCAUUACAAAAUACUAUUAAUAGUCCCAGACGUUUUGCUCCAGAAACCUCUGAAGCUGUAUCAGCUGAGCUGAAUUCUUUGAAAUCUGAAAAUAUCCGUCUAAAAAAUAAGCUGACAAAUGUCCAAGAAAGAUAUGAGACUCUCAAUUUUGAGAAUGAAAGACUUAGGCGCGAAAAUGAUUAUAGUCAAGUCUCAGAAGGAGGAGCAAUCGAUAAAAGGUAUAAAGAUAUUAUAAUCAAAGAAAAACGAAUUGAAGAAAAAGAAAAAGCAUUUUUGAAUAAAGAAAUAUUGCUUAAUCCCCACUAUAAGCGAUCGAAAAAAAAUUUUUUUAAUAGAAAAAAUUUUUUAUAAAAAGGUGAUAGCUAUAUAAUGAAAUCUCAAGCUAAUUCUGAUUAAUUUUUAAACGGCUUGCGUUUUAAAACAAAUUAAAUUAAUGUUUUCUUUCGAAAAAAAAAAAUUACUAUAAAGUUCAUGCAUAAUUUUUUUUAAAAAAAAUUAUUAACACUUCCUUUAGCACAAAAUUGUUUUGCUAGCUCACGGAGAGAGCUAGCAAACAACAGCAAGAAUUCGAAGAAGAAAAGCAUUCUUUUCAAAUGCGGAAAAUUGCUGAACUUACUCAAAAAAAUUUAGAUAGUCGAAACAACUUGAAAUAUUGGGUCUUUUUCAUUAUCUUUUUCAUUCUUGGGGUUUCACUGAGAUUAAUAGUUUAA